CUCCCUCCUUCCUCCUCUUCCCCUUUUGUUCACCCCCUCCCUUUCAUUCCCACCUAGGUCUGAAAGAGAGAGAGAGAGAGAAAGAGGGAGAGAGGGAGAGAGAAAGAGAGAACAAACUUUUUGCAGUAUAUCAGCCUGGCAUUGCUCUCUUGCUAUUUCACUAUAUCGAACAAAGAAUUUUCAUAUAGACAGAAAAAAAAACACAACUCUACUGAAACAGUUACCUUCUGCCUGAAAGAAUCGAAGGGAUUAAAACAAAAUUUUUUAAAAAGUCUGAUCCUGGAAAGUCUGAUCUCUGCAAUCAGCUGGGCAGAGUUGAUCAAUAUUGGUUGCCCACCUUUGAAACUGCUUGCCAUAUCAGAGGGCUGGAUGUUACCUUUCGAAUAACUGGUACUCUACAACAACUGCGAUCCUCACUGAGAGCUAAGUGCUAACCCAUUUCCAAGCUUCAAACCAGGCUUCAGUUUGGGAACACGUUAUGGGUCACAGAGUACAAUUGCCCUACGUUUGAUGUACAACUCCAUGCUGACACUGUUACUUUUUCAACCAAAAUAGAGAGAAAUAAAAAGAAGAAAAGUCUUUAUUCUUUCUGAAAUUCUUUUUUUUAAAAAACGAAUCCUCACCAAUCUAAUGCCAGGGGCUUUCUCUGAAGGGAAACUUCCUUGUGGUGAUCUUUCUGUUGAGAAAGCUUUUAAUACACUCAAAACGAGAAAAAAACAAAGGGUAUCCUUUAUCACCCCCAAAAAACGUCAAGGUUUUCUUUAACCGGUCUUCACGGCUCCACAAUCGACGUGUUUGGCUCUACACUGUUCCGGAACAAUCUCGCCUGCUUGUUAACUCUCAAACAUGGCUGUUAGUGUGACACAAAUACGGGACACAAAAUGGCUGACGUUGGAAGUGUGCAGAGAAUUUCAAAGAGGCACUUGCUCAAGACCAGACACAGAAUGUAAAUUUGCACACCCUUCCAAAAGUUGCCAAGUUGAAAAUGGACGAGUAAUUGCCUGCUUUGAUUCGUUGAAAGGUCGCUGCUCCAGAGAAAACUGCAAGUACCUUCACCCUCCACCCCACUUAAAAACGCAGCUGGAGAUAAAUGGACGCAAUAACCUGAUACAGCAGAAAAACAUGGCCAUGUUGGCCCAACAGAUGCAGUUAGCCAACGCUAUGAUGCCUGGGACCCCAUUGCAACCAGUGAUGGCGGAUGGUGGACAGCGAGGGUGGUGGUUUAACGAGCCGAUGUUUUCCGUCACCCCAGGCCUUGCGACUAAUCCCAACGCAGCUUUCAACCCUUACCUGGGACCGGUCUCCCCCAACCUGGUCCCCGCUGAGAUCUUACCCAGCGCACCGAUGCUGGUCACGGGGAAUCACGCUGUUCCGGUCCACACUGCAGCUGCUGCACAGAAGCUGAUGCGAACUGACCGUCUCGAGGUGUGCAGGGAGUUCCAGCGUGGAAACUGCACCCGGGGCGAAAACGACUGUCGCUUCGCCCACCCGGCGGACAUCACGAUGGUGGACACCAACGACAACACGGUCACCGUGUGCAUGGAUUACAUCAAGGGCCGCUGCUCCCGGGAAAAGUGCAAGUAUUUCCACCCCCCGGCCCACCUGCAGGCCAAGAUAAAGGCGGCGCAGCACCAAGUGAACCAGGCAGCGGCUGCCCAGGCCGCCGCCACCGCAGCCGCCAUGACUCAGUCGGCUGUCAAAUCACUGAAGCGACCCCUCGAGGCAACCUUUGACCUGGGUCUUCCUCCUGGUGUCCUCCCCCCUUUACCAAAGAGACCUGCACUAGAAAAAGCCAAUGGUGCCACGACUGUCUUUAAUGCUGGUGUGUUCCAAUACCAACAGGCCCUUGCAAACAUGCAGUUACACCAACAAACAGCCUUCAUCCCACCAGGCUCAAUAUUGUGCAUGACACCCGCUACAAGUGUUGUACCCAUGAUGCAUGGUGCCAAUCCUGCGGCGGUAUCUGCAGCAACGACAUCAGCCACAAGUGUUCCCUUUGCGGCUACAGCCAACGCCAACCAGAUGCCCAUAAUAUCUGUAGAUCAUCUGACUAGCCAUAAGUACGUUACUCAGAUGUAGAAAAUCUUCGGGUCGAACAAUCAGCGUGAAGAGAUGACAGUGUGCUGGAACACCAUUACGGGGCAAGGGUCAACAGCCAUUCUGUAAAUAAUACCAUCUUCUAUCCAACCCUUCCCUCACUCCCUCAGCCGGAAGCCUUUCCACCUUUUGCAUGCUAACGAAUUGGAAGUAUGGUUCUCCGGAAGGAAGUGUCGAAAAGAUCACCGCACACUGAGACUUGCGUACCCUGUAUAUUCCACCAAGAGUAAAGCUGAGGGAAAGUAAUCUACUGUUCAGCGUGCAACAUCAUCUGCCUUUACUCAGUACUGUGUUAUGCAUAGGAUCCGAGAUAUAUGCAUAAAUGACUCCCCCAUUUCCUUCACUCGUCUUGUCUCUCUUUCUCCCUCCAAAUCUACCCCCUACACCCUUCUUCUCAGUGGAAAGGUAAACUUGUUCACUUUAGUAUGCAGUAUGUACUGGUACGCCUACGAACCAUGCAGAUCAUUUUGAUGUUAGGUUUAAAUGGUUUUCCUUCAAGUUUACAAAAAAAAGGAGAAAAUAAGAAAAAAAACCACAAAAAUGGUGCACCUUGUAUUUAAAAAAAGUAAUAUUCUACCAUUUUCAUCAAGAGUUAGUUGUGCAUGCACAGUGUUCUGUGUUGAGGUUAUAUUCUAGUGGAAUGUGAGAAAGAUUUAAAGGGGCAAUGGACAGCGAUGAAUGUGCUGGGCAAAACCUAACACUUCUGUUUAAAGCGGAUUGUGGCUUUAAAUAAUGUGUCAUAAGUGUCUUGGGGGGGGGUACACGUUAGGUGCCAUACAAGACUGUACAUCUAACCUUAAAGUAUUAUUUUUACAGUGUUAAAGAAGUUAUCUGAUUCCAAAUGUUUCAAACUUGCUAAAGCUCAGUAAAAUUGGACAGUGCCACAGACUUUAUUACCGUAUAUGCCAAAGCUGUCUCCAAAAUGGCAUCCUGACUCCAGAGCAAAUAGAAUAGCACACAGUCAAUAAGAUUAGAAUUUUGUUUUGUAAAGAAUGAGAAAUCUUGCAGACUGAUGUUCCACUGAGACUUAUUAUUAAUAUCUAUCAUAUUAAUACCUACCAUAUUAAUCAACAUAAGUGAAAAUUAAUCUCAUAACCACACAUGGCCACAAUGGAUUCUCAUUGAUGCCAUUUGGUCUCACAGAUUGGCAACAAGUCAACUCUUGGGAGAAAGAAACCUCUUUGCAUUAAUUGCCAAGCAAAGUGCCAUGUUUCAGGGAUUUGGAAAGGCGAGUCAUGUUUGUGCAGUUUUAAUUUGCCCCAGUUUCUUUAUUUUAUCCUCUGUCCAAGAAAACAGAACCAAAAGUCAAUAAAGACUAUAAAAAAAACUCGACGGAGAUGGAAACUCGUUUUAUGCUGAAUGUCUCACUGCAGUCACACAUGUACAUAAACAGGUGAACUAAAGAAAAGUGACUCUAAGCUAGAUACCGAACAAAGCACUGUCAUUAAGAUGCAUGUUAAAACCAAAAUAUUAAUGAAAAUCAAGGUAUUUGUUAAAAGUAGCACCAGGGUGGGAUAUGUAUCUGGGUGAAUUUUAUAUGUGAUUUUUUUCAAAUUAUUGCAUUUAGCCUUAGAAAGCCUUCAAGAAAUAAAAAAACAAAAAAAAACAAAAAAAAGAUUAUUAGUUGUGUACUUUUAAUGGGUUCAUCCAAAGGAAUUCCUUAUUUUUAUUUUCCCGAUAGGAAUAUUUUCUCUUUUUCUUUUCUGCAGCUUGUUAAAGAGGUAGUUCAGCAACAGGUGGAUCAACUGCUGUAGUGGGCCAGGUUACUAACGGUAUCCUCAUCACAAUGGAAGAAGUGAAGGUUCAAUUUUAGAACCUGUCCAUACUUCCAGACUCACUGCAAGAGUUUUGUUUUCAGUUAAAGUUUGAAAGGUGCAGUGGUAGUUUUAAAAGGGGCGGUUGCAUUGAUUUUAUUGAUUGUACUGUACAUCUAUUAAAGCCUUAGAUUAUAUAUUACGGGUUGAAACCCAUUUUAAAUGUUACUUCAAACCUGUUAAGAACACAUAGCUGAUAGAUUUCAAUUUUUAUUCAAGUUACUUAACAUGCUAAAACGUUGCUGACUUUUUCCUCCUUUGUUUAAAUUUGUAGUUUCUUACAUAUGUUAAGAUUAGAAUCAUCUUUAUUUUUUAUUCUGUUAAAAUGUCAGAUAUUGUUUUCAUAUUUUAGUUGGUAGGAUUUUUUUUCUGUUUAUCAGAAUUCACUGUUUAAAAAUUUCCAGAUGUUUAUGAUGAUAAAGAUAUUCCCCUCUGUUCUCCUUCAUAACAUACGCAUAACUUUGAAUUAAGUGUAGUGUCGUUUAAUUAUUCAUAUUAGCAUAACGACUUAAAGAUUGAUUUAUAUUGUACUGACUCGUGAUUACAAGCAUCAGUCACCGUUACUUCAGUCUUGUUUGCAUUCAGAGAACAAUGACCUUUUGUACGGAAAUCUUACAAUGAUAUGUUUCAUUGUGUAGUAUGAAGUUAAGUUGUUGCUAUGGCAACAAUCCUGGCAGACAAUUGUGUAAUAUUUUAAUGAUUUACUUUGUUUGUAAUUAGUCAUUACAGAAAUCUCUAGUUCCUAGAUAUUAGAACUGAAAAUUAUUUUCUACUGUAACCAUUUGAGGAUAGUAAGAUAUUGUUUUCUGAGUAUACUUUGAUCUCCUCGUCUGAAUAUCCAAACCUUCUUUAAAUAGAAGCUGCAUAAUCAAUAGAUCAAGGGAUUUUUUAAUGUCAUGAAUUCAAAUAUUAAUCAAAGCUUACUUAUAAGAAAAGAGAAUUAAUCUGAGUUGUGUGUGCAAACACUUGAGGGUUGAUUAUGCUGCAGUUUUAGAGAAAAAAAAGUGAUCGGGCUACGGGAAGAACGUUGACUUUUUGCACUUCUGUACAUAGUCAAGAGAGGGAAACCUGUAAAAUAGUAAGAUCUUAUUUUGAAUAAAAAAAAAUGUCUAUAAUAACAAGGAAUUUUGUUAAGGUAAUUAAAACGACAGGCUGAACAAAAAUUUAAAAAUUUAAAAAAAAGCUUGCAAAAAUAUAAAAAAAACUGAUAAUGGGCACAGAGUAAGCACCUCAUAACCCUCUACCCCCAAACCCUUGACUUCCCAACCCCAACCCCACCCCCCCCAAAAAAAGGCAAAAUAUUGCUUUGCUUUAAUGUGAACAGCUUGUAGUUUGCCAGGAUUUUUUUUGGCUGGAAUGAUAGACAUCCCGCUGAGAUCUCUGGGUAAGGGUGAUGCCCAAUUUUAACCCAGUUCUGCCCAUUGUGGAAUAGGUGGGAUUGAAGUGCAGUAGGUGGUCUUAACCUGCCCAACCCCUGCUUUGUAUUUGACAUCAAGUGUCUGAUGGGGCUGCGGGGAGGACAGAGAGGAAUGGACACAUGCAGUUUCAUUGCACCCAAUCCCAUAGUGAUUCCCACCAGGGCCAGAUCGGGUUAAAAUUUUACCUCCCUGGCAAUGCCACCCCGCCCUUUCCUCCUCUGCUCAUGACUGACAAAACGUUGAACAGGUUCAAAGCCCGGCUACAGAUCAUUAGGACCAGGGCAGGCACAUCAAUUACCAAGGUUCAUACCAUCGGAAAACAAAAUUAUUUUCACAUCACUAUACAACAACAAAAAAAAGUUAAAACUGUUUUAAAAAAAAACGUACUGCAUGUUUAGAAGCUUUUGUAAAAAAAAGAGAAAUGAAAGGAAAAAAUGUAUUUUAGACUUUAACAGAACAGGUUCUGUAAACUGAAUUUGAUGGUGUAUUUCUCACGGAAGAUAAAAAUGCAUACAUACGUAUAUAAAUAUAUCAAUAUAUAUUAAACUGGCUCCACACUUUCAUUCAAAUAAUUAAGAAACAACAACGUCAGUUUAAUCACGGACAGGUCAACCAAACAGCAGGUGCCCACAUGAUUUUACUGCUCUUGCAAUUCCUGUUCCUUUUUGCAGUUGAGUGUACGCCUUUCAAAAUGAUUCAAAGCACUUUUUUUUAAAUUUUGCUGUUUGAACAACAACAGAAUACUAUUUGUAAUCGGAGGCACUUAGAAGCGACCAGUUAAAACUUGUGCCCAGUUUUUAAGGUCAAUCAGUUUUCGAUAGAGAAUGAUUCCCUCUUCUGAAAAGAGAGGUGGGGAAAGGUCCUUGGCAGGGUAGAGGAGGAGUGAGCACUGUGGGUGGGGAGGAGGAAAUGCGAACACAAAUUCAGUUUUAAACUCCACUCUUUUCACUGCACCACUUCACCACUCGCCUCGCCUCCGCUUCCCCCACCCAAAAUUGAAUUUCCUUUUGUUCAGAUGAAACAACCACUCAGAUGUUGAGAGGGAUUGUGUCCAAUUUGCGAGGCUGUAGCUACAACUGCUAAAAGGACAGAGGCUUGGUUUUACUAUUGUGUAAUCACAGACUUUUUAUUUUGUUUUCCUGCUUGUAGUUGGCAAGAUAAUGUACUCUGUCCUUGGCUGCCAAUUGUUUUUUCUGGCUUAUUUUAUUAUUACUGCUAUAACUUUGAUUCUUGCUGUAUGGAAUUAAAAAAAAAACAAAUAAAGAUGAAAUUGACCAAAAAAAA